AUUGUCUUCGUAGGAAUCAGAUUAUUUUGAUUUAUAUCGUACUAGCUUGUUUUACGGUAACAUUGAGUUUCGUGCGGUAUAUAAGUAUAUUUACAUAAUUUAUCAUGUCUAUUGAGUAUAUAGUGUUAGACGAGGCAGAUUGUUUUCCAAGCACACCUGACAAACAUAAGAAUGAAUGCGGCAAGCGCUUUUAAAAUAGUGGAGGUUCUGCAAAAUGCGUUUAGAAUAGUGGCAUUUUUGCACCUCACCGACUACUUAUGGCCACACCAAGCUAACGUUCGUGAUGGAGCUAGUUACGACUUUAUAGUGGUCGGCGGUGGAACAGCAGGCAGCGUCAUAGCCAACAGACUCUCAGAAAUCGAGCAUAUUAAUGUUCUGCUCAUCGAAGCUGGUGGUGAUCCUCCUUUAGAAUCAGAUCUUCCUGGCCUUCCGCUUCUAAUGAAACGAUCUCGCUACGACUGGAAUUAUACGGCAGGGUUGGAUAAACUGGAUGAAUCUUGUCACUUGAACCCUGUCUACGAAAUUACACUGGGUAAAAUGUUCGGUGGAAGUGGCUCCCUGAACUACAUGGUUUACCAUAGAGGACAACCUAGUGACUACGACUCUUGGGCCGAAGUCACCGAAGACGAUUCUUGGAAAUGGGAGAACGUUUUACCUUAUUUCGUAAAAUCAGUCAAGACUAAUGAUCCACAAAUACUUCGGUCAGCUGCCAAAAACUAUUAUGGCACCGAUGGAUUAUUAGAAGUAACUAAAGAUAACCGCGAAAGAAUAAAUAACUUUUUAGACUCCUUCCGAGAACUUGGAAAUGAUUUAGUCCCAGACUUCAAUGAAGACCAUCCUCUAGGAUUUUCGGCACAGACUUUCACAAUGGCUGGUAGAUCUCGCCAGAGUACAGCUUAUGCAUUUUUAUCUUCGGCCAAAAAUCGGCGUAACCUACAUGUAUUGAAAAAUACACUAGUCACUAAAAUAUUGUUUGACGAAAACAAAAAAGCUGUCGGCGUAGAAAUUCUUACUGAAGAUCGUAAAACGAUGACAUUGAAAGCUAAAAAAGAAGUUAUUGUAUCGGCUGGAGUAAUGAAUACUCCUAAACUGCUAAUGUUGUCAGGUGUUGGGCCAGAGGAACAUCUGAAACAGAAAAACAUUGAGGUGGUUUCAAAUUUACCUGUAGGAGAAAAUCUGCAGGAACAUGUUGGUGCUGUUAUCGUUCAUAGUAUGGAUACAUUGACGAAACCGCUACCACAACCCAGUCCUUAUGAACUACCAGGAUUCUCAUUCACUGGUUUUGUUGCGUUGAACCAGUCUUCUAACAUUCCUGAUUACCAAACGACUGCGUAUGUAGCUGCACCAGAGACGGUUAUGUUUUACUGCAGUUUUGGGUUUAGAUUCAGCGAUGAAGUUUGUAAUAACGCGUAUAAACCAAACAGACUUCAGGCGUUUAAUGAAAUAAUUAAUCUCAACCCAAAGUCACGAGGAAACGUCCUCUUGAAAAGUGUGGAUCCUGAAGACCCUCCUAUUAUUAACAAUGGAUUUUUUUCAAACGAAGAGGAUAUUGAGAGUCUCAUUGACUACAUUUUUGACUUUUUGAAUGUAAUGAAAACGACGUAUUAUACCAAAGUUGAUGCACUGAUGUCAGAUACAACUCCUCAGUGUAAUAAAUAUAGGAAAGAAACAAGAGAAUACUGGCGUUGUUAUAUUAUGUGUAUGUCAUCUGGAAUGAGUCAACUGACCAGUACUUGUCCCAUGGGCACUGUUGUUGAUGGCAGAUUACGAGUCCAUGGUGUGAAAGGUCUGCGUAUAGCUGAUGCCAGUGUGAUGCCCACAAUUACUAGAGGGAAUCCAAUGGCUGCUGUUAUAAUGAUUGGCGAAAAAGUAUCCGAUAUGAUAAAACAAGACAAUAAUUUGGUGUGAUUAAUUAUUAUUAAGAAUGUAUAAAUAAAUAUAUUUUUAGUUAAGUAAU